UCCUAAUAGAUUGUAGGCCUCACGUCUCUGCCUCUGAUUCCGGAGGGUGUGGGUUUGAUCCGGUUCGGGGCAUGCACCUCCAACUUUUCAGUUGUGUGCAUUUUAAGAAAUUAAAUAUCACGUGUCUCAAACGGUGAAGGAAAAACAACGUGACGAAACAGGCAUACUUGAGAAUAUUCUUAAUUUUCUAAGUGUUUGAAGUCUGACAAUCGCAUUAGCAUCGGUGGUGGACUAGGGCCUAACCCCUCUCAUUCUGAGAGGAGACUCGUGCUCAGCAGUGUGCCGAAUAUGGGUUGUUAAUGAAAUGAUACUGCUCAAACUUCGUUUACAAUCCGCGCGAUGAUUAGGGAUGGAACCGUGUCAAAGUGAACUAAGGACGCUACGCAUAUAUUGAUAAAGAAAGACAGGUUAUAAGUAUAUUUAGAUAUUUAAAUCAAGUGGUAACCUUGUCGAUCACUGGGGAUGAUGACUAGGAUUGAAUAUAUUUAUUUUUAUGAUACAUUCGGGUAAAUAAGGUAAAUGUUAACUAAUUUAUACAUAAAAAGCAAAGAUUGACUGGAUAUUUGCAAAAUAAAUAAGAUUAUAAAAUUUCAAAAUCUACUAAAAAUAUUUUAUCGUAAUUAGAUGAAAAUUCAUACAGUUUUAGCUUCCUUACAUUAAAUGUGACAUUUUUUAAUAUAUGUAACUUAUUAACUUAUUAACUAUAAACAUAAACGCAGAAAUAACAAAGAUAUUAGUAAUUUUGCCUACGACGUCUUUAAAUCCCUGUAGCUCCGAAAGUAAUGAUCGCAGAUACGCUGUUAGUUUUACAAAAUUGCUUUACUAUUAGCAUACUCUUAAUUUAUAUACAAUUGAAAAAACUGUCAUCAUCCCUAUUUUUGAUUUGGCAUAUUUGUUAUCGGAAGCUUUUUUUGGCUUGCAUGAAAACGCUCCACCACUAUUAUUUUGUUCGACUCCCCUGAAUAUCACAUACACAAUGUUUGAGGUCAUGAAUAAAUAUUUUGUACCUGGGCCCAAAGUCUAUUACUUUGCGGAAGCUCAUUAUUUAUUAUGAAUAAAAAAUAAUAAUAAAUAAAAAGAUCAAAUAGGGGAGAUGUAGGCAAUGGGAGACAGUUGGCAAUGGUGAUCACCUUAAUAUAACAAAAACCGAACGCGAUCGGACGAUGCGAAUGUACUUAUAUGCUAGUAUUGCAUCAUAUUCGUUGGCGACCGGGACCUGGCUUUAGUACGCGCGACGCAUUCGCGAGUGACAGACGUGUGAAGUUUUGGCGCCAUUUUGAUCUAAUUUUUCGACGUAAUAAAUACGAGAUGCCGAAAACUCGUGCUAGAAAAACAAAUAAAGCUAAAUGGACUUUAGACGACCUGGCAAAUGCUGUAAAGCUGAUUGAAGAACAAAAAUUUUCAAUCAGAAAAGCUGCCGAGAUGAUGAAUAUUCCAUUUGCCAGUCUUCACAAGAGGUACAAGAAAAAUAUAAUUAAGCCACCUCAUCUCGGUCGUUAUACUGUAUUUAGCCCUGAGAUGGAAAAAGAAUUAGCGGACACCAUUAAGAAAAUGGCUAACUUAUUUUAUGGGUGCACUCGAUAUCAAAUAAAAAGAGCCGCAUUUGAAUACGCUGAAGCUGAAACACAAUUUUAAUACCGUUUCGAGGUUGGCUGGACGAGUGUGGUUUGAUGGAUUUGUUACCAGGAAUAAUAUUUCUGUGCGGAAGCCCGAAGCUACUAGCAUUAACAGGGUUACAGCCUUCAACAGAACUGAAGUUCAACAAUUCUACACGCUGCUAGAAGAGCUAAUAGAAAAAUACAAGUUUGUACCAAAGAAUAUAUACAACUGCGACGAAACUGGCAUAUCUACCGUCCAGGAUCCAGGAAAAAUAUUGGCUGCAACAGGGCAAAAGAGAGUAGGAAGCAUAACAAGUUGGGAAAGGGGUAAGAAUAUAACUCUACUCUGCGCCGUGAGCGCCACUGGUGGAUAUGUCCCCCCAAUGUUUAUAUUCCCCCGAAAGAGGAUGACACCAACUCUAGAAAAGGAUGGCCCAACAGGAGCAAUAUAUAAAUGCUCUGACAACGGUUGGAUAAAUGAAGAACUUUUCCUUCAAUGGCUCAAGCACUUCACCCACUUUACCAAACCUUCUGCAGAAGAACCAAUACUAUUAGUGUUGGAUAACCAUGCAAGCCACAUUUCUUUGUCGAUAUAUGAGUAUUGCAAGGAAAACCAUGUCCAUAUGCUAUCACUACCACCUCACACAUCUCAUCGCAUGCAGCCAUUGGAUGUGUCCUUUUUUGGUCCAUUCAAGGCUGCAUAUAGAAGAGAAUGCGAUUUAUUCAUAAAAAGCCAGCUUUUACAAAAAGUAACACCAUACGAUGUUGCUUCAUUGGUCAAAAAGGCAUUUUCGAAUGUUGCCUCUAUGAGCAAAGGCGAAGCUGGUUUCAGAGCAACGGGAAUAUUUCCUAUAAAUCCCAAUGUUUUCACAGAUGAAGACUUUCUGCCAGCUGAAGUCCUUCAGGUAGAACCAAUUGUAGUUCAAGAUGUUGCUGAAUCGACUUCUGCUAUUGCUAUUGACUCCGCACCAACCCUACCAGCUACUAUUGAGCUAGAUCGGAAUAGUCCUAUUCCGAGUACAUCCACCGCACCAACCCUACCAGCUACUAUUGAAUUAGAUCGAAUUAGUCCUAUUCCGAGCACAUCCACAUUUUGUCAUACUACUUCUGAAUCAAGGACUGACAUGGCACCAAAUCUUACAAUCCAAAAUUUCAUUCAGAUGCCUAAACAAAAAACUGUUGUCAAGACAAACGGAGGAAGAAAAAAACAGCAUGCAACUAUUUUGACAUCCACACCACUCAAAGACGCCCUAGUGGAUAAAGAAAAUAAAAAGAAGGAGAAAGCUGCGAAGAAUAAAGGAAAACGAGUAGGAAAGAAGAGCAAUCCACAAAAGAUCAGUCGUGAGAAGGUUAAGAAGAAAAUUCUACAGGACUCUAAUGACACUUCGGUGUCAGAUGUAAAUACUGAUGAGUUAUGUCAGGAUGAUGAAAAUGAUGAUGCAGGAGAUGCAGGGAACUUGUGUCUUGUAUGUGGCGAAUUUGGGCGAGACAAUGAGACAUGGUACCGGUGCACUUCUUGUGGGCUCUGGGCUCAUGCCGAAUGUACUGGAUGGGAUUCUGCGCACAAUUAUGUGUGCGAUAUGUGUUGAUCACCAUUGCCCACAUACUGAUCACUAUUGCCAACCGAUGUUGACAAUGGUGAUCAAACGUACUUUUUUUUAUUUCGUUGAUUGUACCAAAAUUAGUAAACUUAUGUGAUGAAAGUUGAUCUCAGUUGAUAGUUAAGAAAGUAAAGUUUAUGAUUAUAAUAGAACAAUAUAUAGUUAAAUGAUAAACAUGUUUUUAUUCUUGUUUUUGCUUAAGUGAUCCCCAUUACCUACAUCUCCCCUAUACAUAUUUU